GGAGGGCAGGGCCUCCUGUCAGUCAGUCAGUCCGUCUGGUCUGGGCAGCCGGCGGUUCCAUGGCAGCUGCGGUGCCCAGCGCCCCCGCCCCUCUGCAUGUGGUGAUUGGGGGAGAGAAGGCCGGGCCCGCGGGGUUCGGGCCCCCGCCCCCCUGAGGAGGAGGCUGGGGAGCCGCCAUGGCAGCGCCGCACAGCCACCAGGAGGAUUUCACACAUGCCCUGUUCCCUCAGAGUCUGUCCAAAGCCCCUCAUAUACAGGCAUAGGGAAGGAAGAGUGCUGGCUCCCCUCUCUUUCCAGGGAAAAGAUGGUAGAAGCUUGGCACAUCUGCCUUCAGCACAUAUUGGCACAUCACCAGCUCCUGGUCACUGAAGCUGUGCCUUUGUGAUGAAACUUGGACUUUCCUGAAGGGUGUUCCUGUGUAUUUUGCGAAUGAACAUCCCUGUUACCCUCAGCCUUCCUGAGAUGGCAAGUCCGGCAGUCAGCCCAGACUCUUCUUCCCACGAGGCUCUUUCUUCUGUCAACUCUGCACCAGCCUGCUCCCCCAACUCCGAUUCAGAGAACCUAAGCCCAGAUGAGCUGGAACUGUUGGCAAAGCUGGAGGAGCAGAACAGGCUGCUGGAAGCAGAUUCCAAGUCCAUGCGCUCCAUGAAUGGCUCCCGCAGGAACAGUGGCUCCUCCUUAGUCUCCAGCUCCUCAGCCUCCUCCAACUUGAGCCACCUUGAGGAAGAUACCUGGAUCCUGUGGGGGAGGAUCGUCAAUGAAUGGGACGAAUGGCGGAAAAAGAAAGAGAAACUGCUGAAGGAGCUCAUACGGAAAGGAAUCCCGCACCACUUCCGAGCCAUAGUAUGGCAGCUUCUGUGCAGUGCCACAGACAUGCCUGUCAAGAACCAGUAUUCAGAGCUGCUGAAGAUGUCUUCCCCCUGCGAGAAGCUGAUCCGGAGGGACAUAGCCCGCACAUACCCUGAGCAUGAGUUCUUCAAGGGCCAGGAUAGCCUAGGCCAAGAGGUCCUUUUCAAUGUCAUGAAGGCUUAUUCCCUAGUGGACCGAGAGGUUGGAUAUUGUCAGGGCAGCGCGUUCAUCGUGGGAUUGCUGCUAAUGCAGAUGCCCGAGGAAGAGGCUUUCUGUGUGUUUGUGCGGCUGAUGCAGGAGUACCGAUUACGAGAGCUAUUCAAACCCAGUAUGGCCGAGCUAGGCCUCUGCAUCUACCAGUUUGAAUAUAUGCUGCAGGAGCAGCUGCCUGAGCUGAACAUCCACUUUCGUUCCCAGAGUUUUCUCACUUCCAUGUACUCAUCAUCCUGGUUUCUCACCCUCUUCCUCACGACCUUCCCUCUGUCGGUGGCUACCCGAGUGUUUGACAUCUUCAUGUAUGAGGGGCUGGAGAUCAUCUUCCGUGUGGGGAUGGCCCUCCUGCAGUUCAACCAGGCGGAGCUGAUGCAGCUGGAUAUGGAGGGGAUGUCGCAGUAUUUCCAGAAGGUGAUUCCUCAUCAGUUCGAGAGCUGCCCUGACAAGCUGAUCCUGAAGGCAUAUCAGGUCAAAUACAAUCCCAAGAAAAUGAAGAGGCUGGAGAAGGAGUACGCUGCAAUCAAAAACAAAGAGAUGGAGGAGCAGAUUGAGAUCAAAAGGCUCCGGACUGAGAACCGCCUCCUAAAGCAGAGGAUCGAGACCCUGGAGAAGGAGAGUGCUGCCUUGGCAGACAGACUGAUCCAGGGCCAAGUCACCCGAGCACAGGAGGCCGAAGAGAAUUACAUCAUCAAGCGAGAGCUGGCGGUGGUGAAGCAACAGUGCUGCUCAGCCACGGAGAACCUGCAGAAGGCUCAGAGCACCAUCCGGCAGCUGCAGGACCAGCAGGGAAACCCCCGGUUCACGGAGGAGUUUGUGAAUCACCUGGAGACAGAGCUGGAGCAGUCGCGCCUGAGGGAGAUGGAGACGCUGAGUGCGCUGAAGGAGAUGCAGGACAAAGUGCUGGACAUGGAAAAGAGGAACAGCUCGCUUCCCGACGAGAACAACGUGGCCCGUUUGCAGGAGGAGCUCAAGGCACUGAAGGUACGCGAGGCAGAGGCCUUGACCUCGCUCAAGGAGCUGCAGCUGCACGUGAAGGAGCUCAAUGACAGCUGGCAGGCUCACCUGUCGCGAGCAGGCGGGCGCUGGAAGGACUCCCCCCGCAAAAACACCAUCAACGACCUCCAGGACGAGCUGAUGACCAUCCGCCUGCGGGAGGCCCAGGCGCAGGCUGACCUCCGGGAGCUGCGGCAGAGGCUGGUAGAGCUUGAAACACAGGACCAGAUUCACAGUAAUCUGCUGAGCCGGACGGAGCAGGAGUGCCUGGGGCUGCAGGAGAAGCUGCAGUACGUCACUGCCCAGAACAAAGGGCUGCAGACGCAGCUGAGUGAGACCAAGCGCAAGCAUGCGGAGUCCGAGUGCAAGAGCAAAGAGGAGGUGAUGGCGGUGCGGCUGCGGGAGGCCGACAGCAUGGCAGCCGUGGCCGAGAUGCGGCAGCGGAUCGCUGAGCUGGAGAUCCAGAGGGAAGAAGGGAUGAUCCAAGGGCAGCUGAACAACUCGGACUCCUCCCAGUACAUCCGGGAGCUCAAGGACCAGAUUGACGAGCUCAAGGCUGAGAUCCGGCUGAUGAAGGGCCAGAAGCCCUUUGAGGACUCCAUGGGCUUUGACGGCAUCCACAUUGUGAGCCAUCUGGCGGUGGACGAGGACUCGCUGCACUCCUCAGACGAGGAGCUGCUGACCAACCCCAUGGUGGUGGGUGCCCUGCAGGACGUGCUGUACCCGCUCUCGCCUUGCAACGCCCGCUUCCUGCGGGGCCCGGAGAGCUCCGGCAAGGAGAGCGACGGCUCCACAGACAGUGAGCCCGAGGACCCCCCCUCCGCUGCUGAGGCCGACGGUGAGAUGGAGCCACAGAGCAUCUUCGGAGAGACCCUCAGCAAGUGAGAGGAGAUGCCAUUGCCAGGGGAUCUUGCCCUCCGCCGAGUGGGCCCUGAGCGGGCUGCCCAGAAGGAAGAGACUCCUCUCCUUGGAGCAGCAGGUGAGGGAGAUCAAAGACCCACCACGGCGGCUGGGCUCAGAGCUCUGCAUCUCUGUUGCCAGCGGGGACAGCUCUCCAGCCAGCCUGCGUUACACAGAACAUCUACCUUGAUUGUUGUCUGCACUGCCUUUCUCCAGCGCUGUCGUCACCCGUAGUUCCACUCCAACUCCAUGGCGUAGCCCUCAUUCCCCUGCCCCCAGGGCCUCCUUGGUUUGCCUCCCCCACAAGUUCGCACACUCGAGAACUCAGCCCGGUGUCAUGGUGAGCGGGGGGUGGGCGUGGCUGUGGGCACCUGGCCGACAACCGUCCUCCCCCCCAUCCUCCGCCUCGCGCCGGGCCGGGAAAGUGAGUCCCUCGUCCGUUAUUUAAAUGAGUGUCCCCAACAAUCCCCAGAGCAUCUGCUUGGAGAGGGGAGAGUUGGAGGCCUCUGGAUCCCUGUUCCCCAGGACGGGAGGAGUCUGGGGCGGGGGAUUGUGGAUCGAGGAGCCUGAUUGGUGACAUGAGAGAUGAGAUUUUAUUUUUGUUCUCCAGAUAUUAUUUAUUUAAAAUGUUACGAUGCCAACGGGGCUCCCCUCGGGGGGCUCCGCACUUAGCUUUACAUAUGUCACAAGGGAACCUGUGAGAGCAACAUUCUGCCCUGCCGUCCCCCUCCGUAAUGGAGCUGCACACCCAGUCUCCUGCACCAUUCAGGUCUCCAGAAGGUGGCAGAACUACUGCCUUUCUCUUCUGCUCCAUCUGGCAAACAGCAGGGUUUCCAGCUAACCUCCUUGUCUAGAGAGACUUCUGUGGAAACAGAUCCUAAAGGAGAGCCACCCCUCACUCCAGCCAGAUCAACACGUUAAACCUCGUCUCCCUGCCAAGGUCUGCCCAGCGCGGGUGAGCAGGAGUGGUUUGGGGAGGGGCAGAGAGAGGAGUCCCCAGCUGGGAAUCCUCUGGAGGUUUGUUUCUCUGCAUGGUGGGGCUUCCCCUUCCUCAACCAGCCUGGCCUGGGUUCCUCUGACCCAGCUCUGCAGCUGGCACCGUGGGUCUGGACUGUCUCCGUAGUCCUGUGAGGUUUGGCCCGACAGAUGGAGGGCAUGCACAGCCCUGUGAGCCCUGGCCAGAGGAUGGAAAUGCCCCUCCUUGGAGCGUCCCUUACGGAGGGCUCCGCAGCUGCUCAGAGAGACCCAGGCCAGCUCUCUCCA